UCGGCUCCCUGUUGCACGACCUACCUGGAGUGCGCACGCGCAACGGUUACCGUGACGACCAGGGAGGCGUUGAGCUGACUGCAAAGCCCUACCUAGCUGGUGUCUCUGAGGAAGAAAAGCCGGGCUUCCCCGGUGGGGCUGGAGAGCGACUACUCCAAGGUGUUCGGUGUUACAGGAAUAGGCAUGCACCCCGGGGCCUCGGAGCCCGCGGCCGAGGAGGUAGUGGAGCUGGACUGCGAGCAGGAGCCCGAUGUAGAGGAAUGCGCGGGUGACCACGGCGAUGUGGACCAAAGGGCCAGCAAGGAAGAAAUUAAUGAUCCUAAGGAAAUAUGUGUGGGUCCUUCUGACACACUCUGCCCAAGCCAGCAGAAACAGAGUGGUGAUAGUGAAUCAAUCAGUCACUUAGCACAACCAAGAGGUGACAGGGAAGAUCAGGGCCCCAGAAUGACUAAACAGUUCCUACAAAAGCUCUGCAAGCAGCACAAGCUUUACCUUACCCCAGCCCUGAAUGAUGUGCUCUAUUUACACUUUAAAGGAUUUGACUGCAUUGAGAACCUGGAGGAGUACACGGGUCUGCGCUGUCUCUGGCUGGAGUGCAACGGAAUACAGAAAAUCCAGAACCUGGAGGCCCAAACUGAGCUGCGCUGCCUCUUCUUGCAAAUGAACUUGCUUCAUAAAAUUGAGAACCUGGAACCUCUGCAGAAACUGGAUUCUCUGAACCUCAGCAACAAUUACAUCAAGACCAUCGAGAACCUCUCGUGCCUCCCAGUCCUGAACACACUACAGAUCGCCCACAACUGCCUGGAGAUGGUGGAAGACAUCCAGCACCUAAAGGAUUGUUUGAAACUUUGCGUCCUUGACCUUUCCCACAAUAAGCUGAGCGAUCCAGAGAUCCUGAACAUCCUUGAAAGCAUACCUGAUUUGCGUGUGCUGAACCUGAUGGGAAACCCUGUUAUCAAGAACAUUCCAAAUUAUCGAAGGACAGUCACCGUGCGGCUGAAAUACCUGACCUACCUGGAUGACAGGCCAGUUUUUCCAAAGGACAGAGCAUGCGCAGAGGCCUGGGCCCGAGGAGGGUACACGGCAGAGAAGGAGGAGAGAGAGCUCUGGGAGAGCAGAGAGCAGAAGAAGAUCACAGACAGCAUUGAGGCCCUGGCCAUGAUCAAGCAGCGGGCAGAGGAGCAUAGGAGAGAGAAAGGCCGAGAGGGAGUGUCAACCUCCUCCAGGGUGCCGGCUGCUGAGGGCGCGUUGGCCACAGAACCUUGUGGGACCGGAACUGAGGACGCAGAAGCCAUUAGCCCGGGAACUGAGGAGAAGCUCUUCAUCGAGGACCUGCCUGACUUGGAAGACAUUGAUGACACAGGCGCACCUCUGGAAGACCAGGACAAGGAGCUGUGCUUUCCGAAGAUCGAGGCCGUCUCAAGCAUGACUCAUGACAGCGGCACAGAGCUGGACGGUACAGCGCUCCCCAGCCCAGAACGCUCACCCACAGGUGCGCUCUCACACAUAUUCACAGUCUCCAGGGACACCUCAAAGAAGGCCAAGGCACCUUUCGAAGGUAUUUUAAACAAAGAAGUGACGAGGGACGUGGAAAUCCGAAGUCAAGACACCAAGUCCACGAGACCGCUCAUUCAGGAGCUCCUCGACAAGCCCUCUGGCCAAGCACUAGCCUCCCCGUGUUGCCGGAGAGACACCUCGGAGGGCAGGGACAGGGACGGGCACCCGCCUGGAACCUCUUCCCCAGGAGACCAAACUGAAAAGGACAAAGCGCAGCCUGAGGUGGCCUCCGAGGAGCCCAGCAUGCGGGCAGGCUGGGGGGACGUGGAAUUCCCUUUGGACUGAGCCCAGGGUCCCCACCAUCGCACCAGCAGUGACAGGAGUGGACACAGGUCACCUCUUCCCCCCAGUGCUGCCGCCUGCUCAGCGUGCUCUGGGGUCUUGGCUGUGACAGCUGCCUGUGUGGCCCUGCCCCCCUUUGUACCCUCGGCCUUCACUGGACGCUCCUGUGCCCAGAGCCCGUUUCCCUGUCACUUACAGGAUAAAGUGUAUAAACGUCUCGUCAGCA